AUGCCAAACAUGACCCACGAAUCAUCUUCCAAGAUACCACAAAUUAACAUUGGGAUUAACGGUUUCGGUAGAAUCGGUAGACUUGUGCUACGUGCCGCCCUUUCCCAUCCAGAGAUCAAGGUUAGAUUGAUUAACAACCCAUCUACAACUCCGGAAUAUGCCGCUUACCUAUUCAAGUACGACUCUACACAUGGUAAGUACCCUGGCGAAGUGGAGUUCGAUGAUGAGCGUAUUAUAAUUCAAAACGACGAGGUUUCGGCGCACAUUCCACUAUCCCACUUCAGGGAACCAGAACGUAUCCCAUGGUCCUCUUACCAGGUGGAUUACGUUAUCGAUUCGACCGGUGCUUUCAAGGAAUUGGACACCGCAUCCAGACACAAGGGCAUUAAGAAAGUCAUUAUUACUGCACCAUCCAAGACUGCCCCAAUGUACGUGUUUGGUGUAAAUCACAAGAAGUACGAUCCUACCAGGGACAAUAUCGUCUCGAAUGCUUCUUGUACCACCAAUUGUUUGGCUCCUUUGGUGAAGGCUCUAGACGACGAAUUUGGUAUUGAAGAAGCUUUGAUGACUACUAUUCAUGCCACAACUGCCUCCCAAAAGACCGUCGACGGUACCAGCUCUGGUGGUAAGGACUGGAGAGGUGGAAGAUCAUGCCAAGGUAACAUCAUUCCAUCAUCUACCGGUGCCGCCAAGGCUGUCGGAAAGAUUUUGCCCGAGCUCAAGUACAGCAUUACAGGUAUGUCUAUCAGAGUACCUACCAUCAACAUUUCGCUGGUUGAUUUGACAUUCCGGACACGUAAGCCAACCUCUUACGACGAAAUCAUCAGUGCGCUAGAACUAAAGUCCCGUAGAGAAAUGAAGGGCGUGUUGGGAGUCACUAAAGACGCCGUCGUCUCUUCUGAUUUCACUUCAGACUCUCGUUCUUCAAUUGUUGAUGCCAAAGCAGGUAUUCAACUAAACGAUCAUUUCUUCAAGGUCCUUUCUUGGUACGACAAUGAAUACGGUUAUUCUUCAAGAGUUGUCGAUUUGACCAUGUACAUGGCUCAAAGAGACUUUGAGGCGGGUAUCUAA